GAUGAUGCCAGCACUCUGUGUGGGUCAGAUGGGAAUGAUUACGAAGAUGUCUGCGAGAUGAGGAACAUCAACUGCAGAAAGGAAGAUCACGUGACGGUCAAAUUCAGUGGGAGAUGUGAAACGAGGCAGCCCUACUGCGAUUGCGGCACGUUGUGUCCCAUGACGAUCGAACCUGUCUGUGGCAGCGACGGCAGAACUUACAUCAAUGAGUGCUUCUUGAAGGAGAGAGCAUGCGCAAGAAACGAUGACGUCAUCGUUCAAUUCAGUGGAGAAUGUUCAUCAGACUACACGAACACGGCACACUGCACGUGCCCUCAGCACUGCCCUGCAGUCUACAGGCCGGUCUGUGGCAGCGAUGGACUCACCUACGACUCCGAGUGCCACCUCAAGCUGUUCGCCUGCAACAAAAACUUGAAUCUGCUCGUCAAUAGGGAAGGAGUCUGUCGUCAAUGCGAGAACGGGGCUUGCACCUGCACGUUUGCAUGUCCCAACGAACGCAAGGAGGAGGUCUGUGGGGAUAAUGGCAAAACCUAUCCCAACGAAUGCUUCAUGAACAAGUCCUCGUGUAAAGGGAAUGUUGACGUCAGGUUGGCCUACCAUGGCAAGUGCAAACCAAAGGACGGUUACAACGCUCAGAAGAUGUGCGUCUGCCAUUUCAACUGUCCACUCUACAAAAAUUUGAUCUGUGGAUCAGAUAACAAAACGUACGACAACGAAUGUGAACUGAAGGAGGCGUCAUGCAAAACUCAGAAGCCAAUCAGCGUCAAGUACCAGGGCUCGUGUGCAGGUUGUUCUGCAAGCUUCACACAUUACGAUUAUUUCCAUUUGUCAUGUUAA